AUGUACCCCAACGCAGCGCCAGCAGGUCGCCCACCCUACAACCCCAAACGCGUGCAUAGUAAUGGACUACCCCUGGCCUUCCAACACCACCAGCGACUAACUGAGGCUCAGCGAAACAUCACUAACUCAAAGGCAAUCGCAUGGAAUAAUGUGCCUGGGUGGGUCUUUCUUUGCUUGUAUGUAUAUCUAAACAGAUUAUUGAGAACGCGUUUUCAUGCUAUAUUCCAUUUACCCUUGCGGACCCAACUCUAACCUACAUCCCGAGAUAGCUAGCAUGCUAACUAGUUAUUCAGUCAGAUAAUAUGCCAUAGACCAUGGUUCCCCAACAGGUGACCUGCGGGCCGAAUUUGUGCCCGGGGGUGAUUUUUUUAUUUGUACCCCCAAGUUUUCUUCUUCUAUUGUUGGUCAUAAAAGACAGUAAAACACAAUCAAAUCAGCUCCAAGUGAGUUUAAUUUUGGAAAUCUGUUCCAAAGUAUUCCCAUGCACAAAGAUAUCUCUCUCUCUCUCUCUCUCUCUAUAUAUAUAUAUAUAUAUAUAUAUAUAUAUAUAUAUAUAUAUAUAUAUAUAUAUAUAUAUAUAUAUAUAUAUAUAUAUAUGUGUAAGCAAGGUUUGAAAUUAUGUUUUAGUCAAAUAUUAUAUCAGUUUGGGUUUCUUGCGGUCUACAAAUUAUUUUAAAUUAUGUUAAGGCCCCCUGAAAAAAUUGGUCCAGGCUGAAUCUUGUUGAUGAUCCAUGCCAUAGACUUUUUGGAAGAGGUCCUCUCAACAGAAUGUUGAAAACAAUUUUAUUUUUGUGUCUAGGGGGUUGGUCCUUAUGCAGACACAAUUUAAGAUAAAAUAUCCACAAUAAAGUAUUAUUGAACAGACUUUCCCAACGUUGGUCUGCUGUAUACUACCUUUCCAGUUUCCUCACCUGACAAAUCACUUCCUCUUUGCUUCACCUCACGUCAAAAUAAAUCCUGCAUUUGCGCUAUUUGCUAAAUAAAUACAUCAUAUGCGCAAGCAAUACAGAAUGAAAAUGUGUUCUCUUUAGUUUGUAAUGGCUACUUGUAUGUACUUCUCCCUCUCUUAGCUCUGGUUAUCGACUGCUGAGGUAGUUCAUGCUGGUGUGUUAUUCUCACUGUGUGUGUGUGUGUGUGUGUAGUUUCCAUGGUCGGCCUCAUCCCGCAGGUCCUCAUCUGAUUCCACCCUAUGAUUGGAAGCCCAGUCCCAGCACCCAACCUCUUUCUCCUCCUCCACCUGCUCUUCAUGCAUCUGCACUGGUCAACAGAAGGAAGUAAGGAUUGUUUGUUCUUUCUGUCAUUUUUCUUACUGCACCUUUUCAUUAGUUCAGGCACCAUUUCCCAACAUCAGACCUGUGAGGUUGCAGUGUACCUUGAGUCUAACGUGUCUGUGUGUCUUCCUCUCUCCUGUGUGUGUGCACGUGCAUACGUAUGUCUUCCUCUCCUGUGUGUGCGCGUUUGUGUGCUUGUAUGUCUCCUCCCUAUGUUUACUAGGAGGCACAGUGGAGACCACAGCCCAUAUAAUUUGAAGAGGCAGCGCUUCAGUUCCCCUGUCCCCCACCAUGGCAGUCCUCCUGAAGCCUGCUGCUCUCCCGCUGUACCCCACCCUGGCCCCAGGGAAACCCAGUCUACCUGGACCCAGCGCUCCCCUCUCAGUCCCCAGCCCUCUGCCCCACGGAUGCCACCUCUGUGGGGAGAGAGACCUGGUAGCCCACUGCAGGCCUAUGCCAAGGUAAGCCUCAGGAUCAUGAUAAUAAUGCAUAUUAUACACUACAUGACCAAAAGUAUGUGGACACCUGCUCGUCGAACAUCUCAUUCCAAAAGCAUGGUCAUUAAUAUGGAGUUCGUCCCCCCUUUGCUGCUAUAACAGCCUCCACUCUUCUAGGAAAGAUUUCGGGCACUGAUUUUGGGUGAUUGGGCAUGGCUCGCAGUCGGCAUUCCAAUUCAUCCCAAAGGUGUUCGAUGGGGUUGAGGUCAGGGCUCUGUGCAGGCCGAGUUCUUCCACAUUGAUUUUGUCAAACCAUUUCUGUGUGGACCUUGCUUUGUGCAUGGGGGCAUUGUCAUGCUGAAACAGGAAAGGGCCUUCCCACAAAGUUGGAAUCACAGAAUCGUCUAGAAUGCCAUUGUAUGAUGAAGCGUGAUUCAACACUUCAGAGAACGCAUUUCCACUGCUCCAGAGUACAAUGGCUUUACACCACUCCAGCCGACGCUUGGCAUUGCGCAAAGUUAUCUUAGGCUUGUGUGCGGCCAUGGAAACCCAUUUCAUGAAGAACAGUUCUUGUGCUGACGUUGCUUCCAGAGGCAGUUUGGAACUCGGUAGUGAGUGUUGCAACCGAGGACAGACUAUUUUUAUGCGCUAUGCGCUUCAGCACUUGGCGGUCCUGUUCUGUGAGCUUGUGUGUGUGGCCUACCACUUCGCGGCUGAGCUGUUGUUGCUCCUAAACGUUUCCACUUCAUAAUAACAGCACUUAGUUGACCGUUGCAGCUCUAGCAGGUCAGAAAUUUGACGAACUGACUUGUUGGAAAGGUUACAUCCUAUGACGGUGCUACGUUGAGUCACUGACCUCUUCAGUAAGGCCAUUCUACUGCCAAUGUUUGUCUAUGGAGAUUGCAUGGCGGUGUGCUCUAUUUUAUAAACCUGUCAGCAACGGGUGUGGCUGAAAUAGCUGAACCCACUCAUUUGAAGGGGUGUCCUUAUACUUUUGUAUAUAUAGUGUAUGUGUAACGGUUUUCUUUUUAUCUAACCGGGGUGUUUACAUUCACAUUCACAUGGAUAUACAGUACCAGUCAAACGUUUGGACACACCUACUCAAGGGUUUUUCUUUAUUUUGACUAUAUUUUAUGUUGUAGAAUAAUAGUGAAGACAUCAACACUAUGAAAUAACACAUAUGGAAUCAUCUAGUAACCAAAAAAGUGUUAAACAAAUCAAAAUAUAUUUUAUAUUUGAGAUUCUUCAAAUAGCCACCCUUUGCCCUGAUGACAGCUUUGGACACUUGGCAUUCUCUCAACCAGCUUCACCUGGAAUGCUUUUCCAACAGUCUUGAAGAAGUUCCCACAUAUGCUGAGCACUUGUUGGCUGCUUUUCCUUUACGCUGCCGUCCGAUUAAUCCCAAACCAUCUCAAUUGGGUUGAGGUCGGGGGAUUGUGGAGGCCAGGUCAUCUGAUGCAGCACUCCAUCACUCUCUUUCUUGGUACAAUAGCCCUUACACAGCCUGUAUGUGUGUUGGGUUAUUGUCCUGUUGAAAAACAAAUGAUAGUCCCACUAAGCCCAAACCAGAUGGGAUGGCGUAUCUCUGCAGAAUGCUGUGGUAGCCAUGCUGGUUAAGUGUGCCUUGAAUUCUAAAUGAAUCACAGCCAGUGUCACCAGCAAAGCACCGCCACACCAAAACACCACCUUCAUGCUUUACGGUGGGAAGUACACAUGCGGAGAUCAUCCGUUCACCCACACCGCGUCUCACAAAGACACAGCGGUUUGAACCAAAAAUCUCACAUUUGGACUCCAGGUCUAAUGUCCAUUGUUUGUGUUUUUUGGCCCAAGCAGGUCUCUUCUUAUUAUUGGUGUCCUUUAGUAGUGGUUUCUAUGCUGCAAUUCGACCAUGAAGGCCUGAUUCACGCAGUCCCCUCUGAACAGUUGAUUUUGAGAUGUGUCUAUUACUUGAACUGUGAAGCAUUUUUGAGGCAGGUAACUCUAAUGAACUUAUCCUCUGCAGCAGAGGUAACUCUGGGUCUUCCAUUCCUGUGGCGGUCCUCAUGAGAGCCAGUUUCAUCAUAGCGUUGGAUGGUUUUUGCAACUGCAUUUGAAGAAAAGUUCUUGACAUUUUCCGUAUUGACUGACCUUCAUGUCUUAGAAAUUAUGGACUGUCGUUUCUCUUUGCUUAUUUGAGCUGUUCUUGCCAUAAUAUGGACUUGGUCUUUUACCAAAUAGGGCUAUCUUCUGUAUACCCCCCUACCUUGUCACAACACAACUGAUUGGCUCAAACGCAUUAAGACUGAAAUAAAUUCCACAAAUUAACUUUUAAGAAGGCACACCUGUUAAUUGAAAUGCAUUCCAGGUGACUAAGCUGGUUGACAGAAUGCCAAGAGUGUGCAAAGCUGUCAUCAAGGCAAAGGGUGGCUAUUUAAAGAAUCUCAAAUAUAAAAUACACUGCUCAAAAAAAUAAGGAGAACACUUUAAUAACACAUCCUGAAUGAAUGAAAUAAUCUUAUUAAAUACUUUUUUCUUUACAUAGUUGAAUGUGCUGACAACAAAAUCACACAAAAAUUAUCAAUGGAAAUCAAAUGUAUCAACCCAUGGAGGUCUGGAUUUGGAGUCACCCUCAAAAUUAAAGUGGAAAACCACACUACAGGCUUAUCCAACUUUGAUGUAAUGUCCUUAAAACAAGUCAAAAUGAGGCUCAGUAGUGUGUGUGGCCUCCACGUGCCUGUAUGACCUCCCUACAACGCCUGGGCAUGCUUCUGAUGAGGUGGCGGAUGGUCUCCUGAGAGAUCUCCUCCCAGACCUGAAUUAAAGCAUCCACAUCCUGGACAGUCUGUGGUGCAACGUGGCGUUGGUGGAUGGAGCGAGACAUGAUGUCCCAGAUGUGCUCAAUUGGAUUCAGGUCUGGGGAACGGGCGGUCCAUAGCAUCAAUGCCUUCCUCUUGCAGGAACUGCUGACACACUCCAGCCACAUGAGGUCUAGCAUUGUCUUGCAUUAGGAGGAACCCAGGGCCAACCGCACCAGCAUAUGGUCUCACAAGGGGUCUGAGGAUCUCAUCUCGAUACCUAAUGGCAGUCAGGCUACCUCUGGCGAGCACAUGGAGGGCUGUGCGGCCCCCAAAGAAAUGCCACCCCACACCAUGACUGACCCACCGCCAAACCGGUCAUUCUGGAGGAUGUUGCAGGCAGCAGAACGUUCUCCAUGGCGUCUCCAGAAUGUCACAUCUGUCACGUGCUCAGUGUGAACCUGCUUUCAUCUGUGAAGAGCACAGGGCGCCAGUGGCGAAUUUGCCAAUCUUGGUGUUCUCUGGCAAAUGCCAAACGUCCUGCACGGUGUUGGGCUGUAAGCACAACCCCCACCUGUGGACGUCGGGCCCUCAUACCACCCUCAUGGAGUCUGUUUCUGACCGUUUGAGCAGACACAUGCACAUUUGUGGCCUGCUGGAGGUCAUUUUGCAGGGCUCUGGCAGUGCUCCUCCUUGCACAAAGGCGGAGGUAGCAGUCCUGCUGCUGGGUUGUUGCCUUCCUACGGCCUCCUCCACGUCUCCUGAUGUACUGGCCUGUCCCCUGGUAGCGCCUCCAUGCUCUGGACACUACGCUGACAGACACAGAAACCUUCUUGCCACAGCUCGCAUUGAUGUGCCAUCCUGGAUGAGCUGCACUACCUGAGCCACUUCACUUGUGUGGGUUGUAGACUCCGGCUCAUGCUACCACUAGAGUGAAAGCACCGCCAGCAUUCAAAAGUGACCAAAACAUCAGCCAGGAAGCAUAGGAUCUGAGAAGUGGUCUGUGGUCACCACCUGCAAAACCAGUCCUUUAUUAGGGGUGUCUUGCUAAUUGCUUAUAAUUUCCACCUGUUGUCUAUUCCAUUUGCACAACAGCAUGUGAAAUGUAUUGUCAAUCAGUGUUGCUUCCUAAGUGGACAGUUUGAUUUCACAGAAGUGUGAUUGACUUGGAGUUACAUUGUGUUGUUUAAGUGUUCCCUUUAUUUUUUUGAGCAGUGUAUAUUUUGAUUUGUUUAACACUUUUUUGGUUACUAGAUGAUUCCGUAUGUGUUAUUUCAUAGUUUUGAUGUCUUCACUAUUAUUCCACAAUGUAGAAAAUAGUAAAAAUAAAGAAAAACCCUUGAAUGAGUAGGUGUGUCCAAACUUUUGUCUGGUAGUGUACACAAACAAAUAUUAGAGAUCAUGGGAAAACAAGUCCCAGUGGGAUAGGCAGUGUGAUUCAGCACAUGUUGUGUGUUGUCUCUCAGCUGAGUGGUCAGAUGGUGGACCUGUUUGAAGCAUGCCAGCAGCAGUCGGCUGACCUGGAGUGGAAAGAGCUGUGCAGAGCUCGACUACAGAGGGAGAUCCAGAGACUCUUCCCAUGUAUGUAUCUCACACACACAAAACUCACCUGGUAAAAUAAGGAAUAAAAAUGUCGUCCUAUUGUCAUUAAUUUUCUCAGUGGCGAGGUUGUACUUGGCUGGUUCUUCUCUGAAUGGUUUUGGCAGCAGGAACAGUGAUGCUGACCUCUGUCUGGUCAUCCAAGCAGCACCGGUGAGUGCAUCAAUUACUUAUAACACACACACCAUUUUGAAUGGUCUAGUAACUUACAUUGUGCUUUUAUUGUCUCAUAUCUUUAUAUGAAUAAGAUGCCCAUUUACCAUGUCUGUGUCUGUAAGGUGGACCAGAGGAAUGAUGCUGUCUAUGUACUCGGUCUCAUCCAGCAGCUCUUUUACAGGCUCUGUGAGUACUAACUUUUUUAAAGGGGCAAUCUGCCAUUGGUACAUCCAUUUUUUUACUUUUAAAUUAAUGAUAUACACCCAUUAAUUCUUGAAGAAUAUAACUUAUAAAUGCCUCAUGAGCUUAGUUCAACUAUCAUCAGAACCCAAAAUGUAAGCUUGAUUUCCUCCAUUUGUAAACAGUGUAGUUGUAAACAAACACUGUAUAGCCUUACAACAUGGUUAAAUCUAUAGAUUAAAACAAACAUUUGAUUGGUUACAUUUUCUCCAGCAGGUGAUGGCUGUGUUGUUGUUUGAACUGCAGAUUGCACCUUUAACAUAAACACAUUUCAGCUGUGUGUCCUGGAAUGUCUCUCAAUACUCUUCAUCAACUUCCUUUUCUUGUCUCCUCUCCCUUUCUCCUCUCCAUUAUGAGCACUAGUAAGUGAAAGGACUGGAUAGAGUUCUGCCUUAUUGUUACACCAAAUUGCUUUCACGUGUCAGAUCAUUGGGCUUGACCCAUCCUGUUUCAUGGGAUCAAGUAAUAAUGAAACAUGGAGAUGUUCUGAUAAAGGAGCAGCCCUAUUUCUCCCCAGUGGCCUCUAGAGUGAGCUGUAGGUAACUAAAAUUGUGUGUGCAAUAGGGCUGACCCCAUUUAGUUGACUGGUCAAUUGUUUGGUAGAUAGGCUGUUGGUUGACCGAGAUUUCUUUAGUCAAGUGGACUGAUCCAUUGUGGAGGCCGUGGGGAUGGCACAGUCUUAAGACGUGCUUCUGAAAUUGUGUAUUGUUAUAUUACAUUAGAGAAACGGUGCAACACUAAUACAAAUAUUAUUUUAUUUGGAUCGAACCCAGAACCCUGGCGCCAUGCUCUACCAACUGAGCUACAUGGGACUAUAACCACAUCAGUGCACUGUUGAAUUGGCGCCUUUUCCUAGACCAUGUUGCUAUGUGCAUAAUAGCAAAGUUAACCCGCAUAUUGGUGUUGAGAACAAUGCCGCGGAGGCAGCAGCAGAAUGAGGAGAUGGGAAAACAGCCCUCACCUUAUUGUCUAAGAAAAGUGAGGAGAGAGGAAACCCCAACUUAAUUAGGUCUAUAAUCAAUAGCCUAACUGUUAAAUGUGCCUGGCUUUAUAAAUCAUCCAUAUAUAUCUACAGAAAUAAGACAGAUCCUGCUUCUGUUGCAUGUUUGAGUGUUUGUUUAAUAGCCUACUGAUUCAGUGAGCACCAAGCCUCACGCAACGACAUGUCAAGUAAAUAAAUUCGGCUCUUUUUAAUAUUUGCUUUGCUGUAAUAAAUGCUUUACACUUUUUUUUUUUUUUUGAACAGCCUCUCUGGUAUUAUUUAUAGUUGAUUUAGUGUUUACACUGUUCCAAAUUGUCCAAAAUCAUAUUUAUAAUAAUAACACUCCUUUUUCUUGAUCUCCUUAUUAUUAUUAUUAUAAUAAGUAAUGUAAUUGUCAUUAGUAGGCUUAGUAUAGCAGCAUUGUAUAACCACCAUCGAGCUGUAGGCCUAAGAGCACAUCCUGUUUAGUCUUAAUACCGUAACUUACUUAGGCCUAUAUUUCAAUACUUCUAUAGGCUACUGUAUCAAUCAUUCAUUUGUAAACGUCAUCACACAGCAUACGAGUGAUUCAUGAUUUGAAAUGCAAUCAAGCAUUUUAGUUUUAAAAAUAAAGCGAGCCUUGAAUAAUUAGCUUAAACAAUAAACAGUUCAAUUUCGGAAAUUGUAUUCACAAAUGAAUGCUGCUGUUUUUAGUCUUUGCUGUAAUAAAGGCGAAACAUAUAUAUAUUUUUUUACAACAGACUCUCUGGUACGCUUAUACUUUAUUUAGUGUUUUACAUUGUUCCAAACGGUCAGAAAAAGUAUAUUGUAAGCUCUACAGCAUCUGUUUGGCACACAUAAUAUGCACUCAGUGCUUGCUGCUUACCUUCUUUUUCUUGAUCUCCAGUACUUUCCACAACUAGUUACAUUUGUUCCACACAUCAGACUUUCCCUUUACCACCUGAGCAACCUGUAAAUAUUCCCUUGUUUCGAGUUUGUCACGUCCUCUGCAUCCAUUUUGCUGUCACAUGUUACGGUGUUCAGAGUUUGUUAUAACCAAUUUAUUGACGGGAUUAUGAUAUGGUAUAGGCACUGCCUGCCCGCUCAUUAGGCAGGAUUAGGUGGCUUGGCCUUUUUAGGUGAGCGCUGAUGCCGCCCUUUGAUAAGCAGUGCCCACUUUGUCAAAGGCAGGGAUGCAAAAUAUUUUACUUGUUCAUUCCUAGCGCACCUCUCCAGGGUGCUGUUGUAGAGACGCAUCUCUGCACCUCUCCACCAACGAUGAGUCAAAAAAAGUUAUAAUAAUCUAACAAAUCAUGUAUUAGAUAUAGGAUAUGGUAGAAAGAGUAUGUGGCCUUUCUGUAGCCUACAGGCUGGAGAUAAAAUGUAUGCCAAUGUAAUAAGACGGACACUUUUUACAUCAGGUUUCUCCGAUCAAAUAGCCUAAACUAAAUGGCGCUCAAUCAAAAAAUGUUUUUGCUGUCAUGUUAAUAAAGCAACAUAUCCUAAAAACAGGACAGGUCAAAGUAAAAUGGAUGAUAUGGAAUGGACAAUCACAACUGUUGUCCAGGAGUUUCAACCCAUUGUCAUGAUCAGUGGUUUCAAGUUUGUAUCUGUAAAUUUUUUGGCAAGCUGAUCGUAGCGAAAAAGAAAAUGCUCAUGCAUUUCCCACUGUAUAAACACAUAGCAAAUAGUCUUGCGAUAACUCCUGAUAAAGUUGGUCAGCUGAUAUUCAGAACUUAAAUAGCCAAAUUGAUUAGUCACAGGAAUCAGGACUAAUAAAGCCAAUGCAAUGGCCUGUUUUGCAAACGGUGGGCCUACCACAUGGAUGGGUAUUCAUACAAGUCCAUUGGGGUCCGACAUGGUAGGCUACACCCUAGUAAGCACGAGCUGACGUCUUUUUUUGGUCUUGUCCGGCUGUCGUUUUUAAAAAAGUUUUACACAUCGUAUGCUUACCACAUACAGUAGAUGUGCAUUCAUAAAAUUACAUUUCAGGCACGCUGUAGGCUAUACCUCAGUAAGCACGGACCAACGGCAACGCCUUUUGGACGUCUUUUUUUUGGGUGCAGUUCAGGACCAGCUUUGAUCUCCACUUCCACGGACAUUGGUUUUUGGUCCGGACCAAAUCUGAACCAAUCAUAGAUGUUUAUGUUUUGUUCAGAUGUUGUCCAAUCUGCACCAGCCUUGAUUUGGUAAAUUACUUAUUUUCUACUUUCAUUCAGAACCGAAAAUGAACUUGAUUUCAACGUCCGGAAAAAACGUAUGUUCAGCGUCCUGGAAAAUAUAUAUUUUAAACAUACGGAAAUACCUUUUUAUGGAGGACUAAAAGUGCCACAAUUAAAUAAAUAAAUACACCAUUAAAUAAUUACUUAAAUGUGUCAUUAAUUAAAUUAGAAUUAAAUACAUAAAUGUGUUAUUAAAUGUGUCAUUAAUUAAUUCAAAUACCGAUUCAUUUUAUGUAAAAUACAUAUAUAAUAAUUUCACUAUUUACAUUUACAUUUCAUGGUCCUGCGUUGGAGUGCUUCCUGAAUUACUUAAAACUGUCAAACUGACCCAUCAAAAGUUGGUAGGCGGAACCUAACGCCUGAUUGGUUACCCUCUGCAUCAAGCCAAGACAAAUCAAUUCCGGAUAAUGUCAGCAGGUCCUGCUUCUACAUCCUCUGCUAAGUUUAAAAUGUCUCUAACCAACUCCCUGGAAAGUUCACGGAGAUCCUCCAUUGUCUCUAUCCAGGUUGGCCUACUCUACUUCAGACCAAAGCAAUGGAUCAGACUAGAUUCGCGUUAGCCCCGCCCACUGACUUUGAUGGGUCAGUUUGACAGUUUUAAGUAAUUCAUGAAUCACUGCAAUGCAGGAUCAUGAAAUGUAAAUGUAAAUAGUGAAAUUAUUAUAUAUGUAUUUUACAUACAAUGAAUCGGUAUUUGAAUUAAUUAAUGACACAUUUAAUUACACAUUUAUGUAUUUAAUUCUAAUUUGAAUUAAUUAAUGACACAUUUAAGUAAUUAUUUAAUGGUGUAUUUAUUUAUUUAAUUGUGGCACUUUUAGUCCUCCAUACCUUUUCACCUUUCAUUUAGAACCUAAAUUGUACUUUCUAUUCAACGUCAUUUUGCUUAUUGGGACUAUUGUAGUUUUGCGGGGGCUGCAUUUUUUGGUCUCCCUAUGGCGGCAGAAUGACAAAGAUAGACCCUGGCUAUAGGUCAGGCCCUAUUGUGCCCUAUUCGGACCGGAUUAGUUUUACUGGGGGAGGUCGGGUAAUGUAAUUAUGUGCACGAGCACAAAACACAUCUGUAAUUUUAGUCCCGUCUGAAUCUGCCAUGUCAGUCAUUUUUACAUGGCAGGAGAGUAACAAUUCCAGCCAGAAUAACCUACUGUUUUUUUGGCGAACUGCAAUGUAGUCUGAUAAUACUAGUCCUGUGCGAAUUGACAUCCCUGUAUUUUGAGAGAAAUGUCUGAGUUUUACAUGUUGCUCGCGGUUUGCGCAAGAAAACAGUAACUGAUUCGAUAAAUUGAGCUAAGUGCUGCGCAUAAGCUAUAUAUGAAUGGCCUACAUGUAGUCUAUCUACUUUCACAGUGAAUUAUUUUGUUUAUAUGUUUUGUGCGUAUGAAUUGAAUAUUGCCAAAUGCAUCAGUAAAAAUUAUUGAGCCUAUUUAAUGCAACCCUUGCUAUUAAUAGAUCGCAAAGCAGCAGCAUACAACUGACCAAAACGGUUGGAAAUGAGAAGUUAACUUUCUAUCCAUAGCUUUAAAAUGCAUCUCAAGUGCAAUUGCACUGUUUAGCUCACAUCUGAAGGCUGUGGGGCAUUUUAAGACGUACAGCAGAUCACUAAAAUAUUAUAAUGUGUAUGACACUUCCUCAAUUCAAAUAUUAUGGCGACGCUAUAGUAAAUAUGGUUUGGUAUGGUUUAGAAACGUGUGAACCAAGCUUGAGUUAUCAGUGUGGCCCGAUCACCGGGAAAUGUUGAAAUACUGAAUAAUAUCUUCACGCCUAGAAUAAAUACCUCCAGGCUUCGGUCACAACUGUCAAUUUAUUGGGAACAAAGCACGUCUGAGCCUGGCCCGGCACAAUCAAAUAAAUUGCUGGUCGGACUCCGUCUAUUCAUUUGUGUUUUUUAAUUAUUUUAAUCAAACCGUGUGCUUAAAGCAUCAGACAAGCUCUGAAUAUAGUUGACUUGAUUAAAACGCAGAAGAUGUGUCAAUAUAUGGGAAAAUACACGUUAAAAAAAUAAAAAAAUCGAUUGGUCGAAAGAAUAGACGACUUUUAGUCGACCAAUAUUUUUAUUUUGUCGGGGACAGCCCUAGUGUGCAAUGUUGUUGAGUUUGGCGGUCUUAGUAAAAAAGAAAAUAUGUGCAGUGUGUUGUGGAGUUGAUGGAUAUGUGUGUGUUCUGGUCCACAGCGUACAUGGAGAGGCCUCAACUGAUCCGAGCCAAGGUCCCCAUCCUCAAAUUCAGAGACAAAGUCAGGUGGGUCGAAACCUCUAUCAAUGACUUUUUCUUUGUAUUUUUGCUUUUCCCAAAUGCAAUGCAUUUAGGCUUAGCAGGCAGAGGCAACACAGGCAAGGAAAGUCUCCUUGAGAGAAACUUUCAGAGGAACCACUCUUGAGGGGGAGCCAAUAUUCCUCUUGCUGACUGGGUAGAAUGGUAGAGGUUCUCGUUCACACAGUACUCGGGUGUUAAAGUUCUCAGUCACUGAGAAUUGGUCAAACUUGCAGUUUAUUAUGGUGCAGUGUACAAAAUGAUCCUCUUUCCCUAAAAGCGUGAUGGUCAUUACUUUUUUACAUGAAAGGGGAGGUUAACUUGGCCACAGACAAUCGAUCUGAGAGACUUACAUUUCAGUCAUGGGAUAAUAAAAAUGUUUAACCCCUGAAUACUGCUGUGCAUCAAAUAUUUCUUUAUAGACGUAAUAAAUAUUGACAUGUUACUAAUGGUCUAUUUCCACAGUAGUACAGUACAUGGGUAAUGAACUGGGUAUAUCAGGGAUGGGCAACUUUGAUGGGGGUGGGGGCCACAAAAAACUAAUCAUGAGGGCUGCAGUUGCUCGCGGGUCUACGUACCCACAUUUUUGGGCCGGAGAAAUUGAGCCGAGGACCUUCAAAAGGGGGAGGCCACCAGUUGCCCAUCCCUGGGGUAUAUCAAAUAUUUCUCUAUAAAAAGCUAUUUCUCUCUUCCCUUCUCUCCAGUGGAGUGGAGUUUGAUCUGAACGUAAACAACACUGUAGGGAUCAGAAACACCUUCCUGCUGAGAAGUUACGCUGACGGUAAGGACACACACACACACACACAACCUGUCGCCUCUCACCCUCACCUGGUUACUGGUGAAACUAAAUAAUCAGUUUGUGGUUGACACUAAAACUGGCGAUCUAAAUUAGGUCUGCCUGGGACUGUUUUCUUCAUCUCGAUCCUGCUGCUUUUCUUACCGCACUCGCCCGCUCCCAGCGGACUUCUUGCCUGACUCCCACCUGCUCCGCAAGAACUGGUCCUGAACCCAACCUCAGUCCCGCAAUGUUAUUUUAGGUGUAUGUGACGCAGCUCACGUUGCAGCCUCGGUCCCAGCAAUUUUGCCACCCUAGGCAAGAUCAAAAUGUACAAAAAUAGGUUAAAAUACCAGAGAUUCUCGUGUGGCCCAUUGUAUUAUUGGGCUAUAUCAGCAGUGUUUUCCCUAGGAUUUCUUUUAGCUGCUUGGUGAAUGGCAUGGUCUUCACAUCUUUUUUUUUUAGAGGCCUUCCUUUUGGCCGCAGAGAAUAGACUUUCAGAGAAUGGUGAAAAAAUGCAUGCUGAGGGCAAAAAGAUCCACUCUACAAAUUAUUACUAACCCAAACACAGUGGGGCACAAUGAGGGCCUUCUACGCCUUCAGAGAAGAGCUAAAGAUUUAUAAAAUUAUAAUGAUAUUGUUAUUUUCCAUGAUGUUCUGAUUUAAUGUCUGAAAAUAUCCAUUUUAGAUAGAAGGCAUCUGCCAUUCAACUGUAUUAGGGAAACUCAUUUUUUGUUGACAGUGGAAUCAACUAAUCACAUUUUUACUUGUAAUAGGUGUGACCGUUUUAACAAAAACUUCUGCUUUCUUGAAGGCCAACAGGUCUGAAAAUAUAUGUAGUCCUGCUGUGUGGCAUUUCGAGAAGGCUCUAUGUGAUACUGAUUGCACUAUACAUUUUUGUGCGUGUAGAUAUGGUUGUCCUUGUUCGAUAGAGCCAUUGGACAACUUUCAGCAAUGUUCCUAUCAGCGGGUUCAUUGCAAAAUAUACAAGCUGACAAAUUUUUUCCAUUUCCAGUCUGAACUGGUGUGGGGCGGUGCUUCGUGCUCUGGCCCUGUCCCCCAAGGCAGGCUUUUUUGAAAGGGAGGCGACACUAACAACACAAUCCUUUGGGCUAAACUGAAAGAACUGACCAGACCACAAAGGCUUCAAGUGAUUCCUCUCAUCAACAUGAAUUUGACGAUGGAGCAUUUAUUUUUAUCUACAUGGUGACAUUCAACCGUCCAUGUUUCUAAGAGUUGGAUUUGGCAAGAAGCUCCGCUACAGCUGAUGCCAGCACCAAUAGGGCAGAUGACAAAUACGGUGGUAAGUUAUUUUUCCUGCAAGCCAUCUAGCUAGCUAACUUUAGUUUAUCUACUGAAACCCAUAUUGGUUAUUGCUAGCUAACAUACUACUGUGUUACAGUGGGGGGAAAUCAAAUUAAUUUAGGUAGGUAGCUAAGUUAACUAAACAACUACAGGUAGCCAUAUCUGUGAUAAAAAAUAGAAGAGGUUUUACAAUCGGAGAUCCUAUUGUAUCUCGAUUGUGAAACCUUUUCUCUUUUUAGCCGUAGAUAUGACUAAUAAACAACAAGCUAUAACAUUUCAACCAUCCACCUAAAGCUAAGUUUACCAGCAAACGUUAGCACACGACUGGAGUUGGCUAGCUAGUUAGCCUGGCACCUGCUAACUCGUUAGUAUGCGCCAGGCCUCCCGUUUUUAACUUUUUAGGAAAUGUGUAACAUCAGCAUCUGUAAAUAGUUUUACUAGCUAGCUAUGUAACAUAAUUGACAAAGGUUGACAUUGGUUAUGAUUAUGACCAUGGAUGCAUUUCAAAAUCACAAUAUGAUAGGCAUGACGCAAGACAGGAUUCCAAACAGAUGUAAAUAUCCAUAAUUGGCUAUCCAGCAAGCUAGCUAGCUAAGUUUACUAGCGAACAGUGAGGAGAAACAAUAAUUACAAUUUAACUGUUAUAAAGCUGGUUUUACUAUACAAAUAUUUGACUAAGCAUGCCUGUUAGACAUGGCUGUAGCUAGAUACUGUCUGCCUACCUUCCUUGGUACAUUUGCACAGUCUGGUCACUGGGCAAACUUUGAGGGUUAUGCCGUAUUUCUUUCUAUUAGGCUAGAUAUUGUUUUAAAUGUAAUCUCUGUGCCAAUGCACAUGUAAGCAUGUUUAACUAGUCUACCCUAAUUGGUGUUAUGCUUGCACAGUUCAACUCUCAUUCAAACUGUGCAAAGGAGUAUAAUUGUAUUAUCUUUUUUUGUUUUGCAGACUGCUGUGUGGUGCCUGGGCUUCUUUCUGGAGUGGAAUCUUGGAGGAAAAACAGAAUUCCUUUGCCUGCGUGUUAUUGUAGCAGAUCUGUAUCCCUCUCGAUGGAUUGGACAUUAUGUUGGAUUUCAAGCAGAAGAUGGCUCAAGAGCUGAAUGGCAGUUUGAUCAUGACAACACUCCUCCCACAGCUUUACAAGUGUUCCCUGAAUUUACUGUAUGUUUCUUUGGAAUGGCAAUUUCAUAAUGACAACCUAUCCUGUCAUCUGCUGAACACCCGUUCUCUUAGCUACAGAUUGUUACACCAGAUAAUGUGAUUUAACCAAAGAUUUUUGGUAUCCAUGACUGGGAGUUACACAAUAGGUACUGUUUGGUGUUGCAGAGAAUUUGCAACCAACAUUGGUGACGCUUUCUUCAUCCUCGAUUCGUGGAAACAGGAGUCUCAUAAAAUGUAUGUCCAGUUGCAGAGGGUCAGUUUGAAUUCAGUUAUUAAAAUAAAUACUUUUUUUGCUCCAUCGACGUGUAUGCCGCCAUCUUGUCUAUUUCAAGUAUUUUCUAAUUGAUUGAGACAGUUGUCUGUCAUCCUGACAUGCGGAACUUUGGGGUGGACACUCGCCUGUCUCGAUCAAUGAGAGAAGACUUGAAAAAGAUAAGAUGGCGGCGUACACUGUUGGACUAUUUCAUGGAGCAAAAAAAUAUUUAUUUUAAAAACUGAGCAUUUUCUAAAUUCAUACGGACCCCCCUGCAACUGGACAUAGACAUUUUAUGAGACUCCUGUUUCCAUGACUCGAGGACGAAGACGGCAUCGCCAAGAUUGGUCAAAUUCUGUGCAACACCAAACAGUACCUAUCCCUGUAAGAUACCAGAAAUCUUUGGUUAAAUCACAUUAUCUGUUGUAACAAUCUGCAGCUACAGUUCUCUGCACUUUACUACACCUGAGACACACUGAACUGUACUACACUGUUCAGACUGUAUUUUUUUGUUACUUUUAUCAUAUAACAUUAAUGUUGAAUACCCAGUUCUCUUUUUGAGUUGGCAUAAAAUAUUGUAUACUCCCCUGUAUUUUAGAUUUUGACAAAUAAACAUUAUUUGGAUAUAUCUGAAUGUCUAACAUCUGUUUAAUGUUACAGAGCCCUGUACUGCUUAGUGCCUUCGGAAAGUAUUCAGACCCCUUGACUUUUUCCAUAUUUUAUGUUACAGCCUUUUUCUAAAAACAAAAAUCUAAAAUCUACACACAAUACCCCGUAAUGAAAGAGCAAAAACAGGUUUUUAGAAAUGAUUGCUCAUUUAUGAAUAUAGAAAUGGAAAUAUUAGAUUUACAUAAAGUAUUCAUACCCUUUACUCAGUACUUUGUUGAAGCACCUUUGGCAGCGAUUACAGCAUCGAUUCUUCUUGGCUAUGACACUAAAAGCUUAGCAUGCCUGUAUUUGGGGAGUUUCUCCCAUUCUUUUCUGCAGAUCCUCUCAAGCUCUGUCAGGUUGGAUGGGGACCGUUGCUGCACAGCUAUUUUCAUGUCUCUCCAGAGAUGUUCGAUCGGGUUCAAGUCCGGGCUCUGGCUGGGCCACUCAAGGACAUUCAGAGACUUGUCCCGAAGCCACUCCUGCGUUGUCCUGGCUGUGCUCUUCGGGUCAUUGUCCUGAUGGAAGGUGAACUUUCGCCCCAGUCUGAGGACCUGAGCGCUCUGGAGUAGGUUUUCAUCAAGAAUCUAUAAUAUAAAUAUAAUAUGCCAUUUAGCAGCCGCUUUUAUCCAAAGCGACUUAGUCAUGCGUGCAUAUUAUUUUUUUUUGUGUAUGGGUGGUCCCGGGGAUCGAACCCAUUACCUUGGCAUUACAAGCGCUGUGCUCUACCAGCUGAGCUACAGAGGAUCUCUCUGUACUUUGCUACGUUCAUCUUUGCCUCGAUCCUGACUAGUCUCCCAGUCCCUGCCGCUGAAAAACAUCCCCACAGCAUGAUGCUGCCAACAUCAAUCUUCACCUCCAGACGUGACGCUUGGCAUUCAGGCCAAAGAGUUCAAUAUUGGUUUCAUCAGACCUGAUGCUCUUGUUUCUCAUGGUCUGGUCUUUAGGUGCCUUUUGGCAAACUCCAAGCGGGCUGUCAUGUGCCUUUUACUCAGGAGUGGCUUCCGUCUGGCCACUCUACCAUAAAGGCCUGAUUGGUGGAGUACUGCAGAGAUGGUUGUCCUUCUGGAAGGUUCUCCCAUCUCCACAGAGGAACUCUGGAGCUCUGUCAGUGACUAUCGGGUUCUUGGUCACUUCCCUGACCAAGGCCCUUCUGCCCCGAUUGCUCAGUUUUGCCGGGCGGCUAGCUCUAGGAAGAGUCUUGGUGGUUCCAAACUUCUUCCAUUUAAGAAGGAUUGAGGCCGCUGUGUUCUUGGACCUUCAAUGCUGCAGAAAUGUUUUGGUACUCUUCCCCAGAUCUGUGCCUUGACCUGAGCUCAAUUUCGACUCUCAUAGCAAAGGGUCUGAAUAUUUAUGUAAAUAAGGUAUUUUUAUUUUUAAUGCAUUUGCAAAAACAAUGAAAAACCUGUUUUCACUUUUUUAUUAUGUGGUAUUGUGUGUAGAUUGAUGAGGAUUUUUUAUUUAUUUAAUCCAUUUUAGAAUAAGGCUGUAACGUAAGAAAGUGGAAAAAGUUAAAGGGUCUGAAUACUUUCUGAAGGCACUGUAAAUACAUUCUGUGAAUCCAUAAAGGCAAACACAUUUUGAGGCUUGAUCGAAAAUAUCCAUAUUUAUUUUAUGGUCCUUUAUCCGGCUUCGGUACACUGGCAAAGGUGUUUGGCGUGGUGGGUUGUUAAAGCAGAGUGCUUGUGGCGAAUGGUGUUGUCCCGGUGUACGGCCAGCUGGAUAAGACUGCCAUAAGUGGUGUAGGACCUCUUGCAGAAGAUUUGCUGGUACUGCACAUCUCCUGGAAAGACAUGGUUGUGGUGUUUAAAAUUUUACACUUUUUGUGGAAGGGGCAUAGGGCAACACUCCUUUUUUGGUAACGGUGUCAACUGAUUGGGACCUAAGUGUUAGACACAGACUAGUGUUUUCUUUAGGGACAUAGGGAUCUGCUUUUGAGAGGAACGAUAAGGCAACAAAGUGAAUGGGCUGGGGGGGCUGCAGAAGGUGUGAAAAGUCUUAGGAGGAGAGUUCUUACACAGUAUGUUUUGUUGUGGAUGGGAGAUUGAAAAAGGCGCCAUUUCUCCUCAAUCGUUCUCAUACACAUUACAUUUACUGUCUCUUAAGCACAACCAAAAACCCCUUCCUCAAGCCCAUUGACUUUGACAGAUCAUUCAUGUCAAUAGUAGCAGGGGAUUUUUGUAGACGUGUCCUUGAAUUGUGUGUUGAGAAUUUGCAGAGAAGAAUGAGGUGGUUGUGUCAUUAGUGUUGUCUUGAUUUUAGACCUGUCAGUGUCCCUGGCUCGUUUUUGUCCCACAAUCUUGUUGUGCUCCAUAACCGCUGUCCCCCCCCCCCCCCUCAUGCUUGUGUACCCAAAAUGCCACCGCUUUGGGGUAUCUUUCAGUAGGGUCCGUGGAAGGACUCCAGAUAACCUGAGUUUUACAAAAAGAAAAGGUAAAAAGAGUAAAGGGGUAGACUAAAUUGAUUACAUUGGCUGGAUGGUACUCUGUGGUCCUCAGGCUACAUCUAACCACAUGCAACCCCAUAACACAAACACUACCAAAUUCAUGUUUAUACCAUGCUUACUGUAAAUUGAGCUAUCUUUUCCGUCAGCUUAUCUUUUGCCUACUUACCUUCACCUUGUGCAGAGCUUGGGGUUGGAAACACAUGCUGUUGGAAUCAGAUGAUGUACCAUCUAUAACAGAACACACAACAAUACACAAUUUAACCACCUCACUAAUUGUGUUGAUCUCUAUUAGACUGGCUAGCUUAGCACACCUAACAUGGACAUUUCAAUAUUGUCAGCUUGCUGUUAGCUAGUUAGCGUCACUAAAUUGGCAGCAAGAUUACUAGCAGGCUGAGAACCAACUAACCAUAGACAAUUUAUACACAUUCAUAAUUACUACCAACACACCGAGAGUGCGUUAACUAUAUUGACAAUUCUAUUUUUACUAACAGUGUUUUCCAGACAAGGGUGGAAUAGAUGGCUACCAGAUUGAGUUACUCUUAUUUGUUAACUAGCUUACGUUAGUCAAAGAUAGAUCGAACGGACAGACAUGUUUACUCAGCUGAAGGUAGCUACCAGUCUAGCAGUGACUAAUUGAUUUAACAGUGUAUCAAAAAGAUAGCUAGCUACAGUGCAUUUGGAAAGUAUUCAGACCUCUUGACCGUUUCCACAUUUUGUUACGUUACAGCCUUAUUCUAAAAUGGAUUAAAUAAAUAAAAAAUCCUCAUCAAUCUACACACAAUACCCCAUAAUAACAAAGUGAAAACAAAUGUAUUAAAUAGAAAAAACAGAUACCUUAUUUACAUAAAUAUUCAGACCCUUUGCUAUGAGAGUCGAAAUUGAGCUCAGGUGCAUCCUGUUUCCAUAGAUCAUCCUUGUUGUUUUUACAACUUGAUUGGAGUUCACCGGUAGUAAAUUCAAUUGAUUGGACAUGAUUUGGAAAGGCACACACUUGUCUAUAUAAAGUCCCACAGUUGACAGUGCAUGUCAGAGCAGAAACCAAGCCAUGAGGUCGAAGGAAUUGUCCGUAGAGCUCCGAGACAGGCUUGUGUUGAGGCACAGGGAAGGAUACCAAAAAAGGCAGGACUGUGUCGGCACAGAUCUAGGGAAGGGUACCAAAAAGAUUCUGGAGUAUUGAAGUUCCCCAAGAACACAGUGGCCUCCAUUCUUAAAAGGAAGAAGUUUGGAACCUCAAAGAUUCUUCCUAGAGCUGGCCGCCCGGCAAAACUGAGCAAUCGGGGGAGAAGGGCCUUGGUCAGGAAGGUGAUCAAGAACCCGAUGGUCAUUCUGACAGAGCUCCAGAGUUCCUCUCUGGAGAUGGGAGAACCUUCCAGAAGGACAACCAUCUCUGCAGCACUACCUCAGACUGGGGCGAAUGUUCACCUUCCAACAGGACAACGACCCUAAGCACACUGCCAAGACAAUGCAGGAUCGGCUUCGGGACAAGUCUCUGAAUGUCCUUGAGUGGCCCAGCCAGAGCCCAGACUUGAACCCGAUCGAACAUCUCUGGAGAGACCUGAAAAUAGCUGUGCAGCGAUUCUCUCCUUCCAACCUGACAGAGCUUGAGAGGAUCUGCAGAGAAGAAUGGGAGUAACUCUCCAAAUACAGGUGUGCCAAGCUUGUAGCAUCAUUCCUAAUAAGACUCGAGGCUGCAAUCGCUGCCAAAGGUACUUCAACAAAGUACUGAGUAAAUGGCCUGAAUACUUAUGUAAAUGUGGUUUUUCUGUGGUUUAAAAAAAAAACUAAUUUGCAAAAAUGUCUAAAACCAGUUUUUGCUUUGUCAUUAUGGGGUAUUGUGUGUAGAUUGAUGAAGGAAAAAAAUAAGUCUAACGUAACAAAAUGUGGAAAAAGGGAAAUGGUCUGAAUACUUUCUGAAUUCACUGUAAGUGACUCAAAACAUAAUCAAAUCAAAUGGUGUCCCAUGCUAUGAAAUUUUUUGAAUUAGAUUUUUAGAUUUUUGUUCUGAAAUAUGAUCUCAUUUAAACAUACCGUAUAUAGCUCCAUUUAUAUUUUCAACAUACUGUAUAUCUGGUUUUAGUCUUAAGCUUACACUGAAAACAUUUAAUCCCAAAGUUGUCUGUCUGACCACCCGCUCCCACAUAAUCUGUCUGGGCCCCCCCGCGUCCUCUCUAAUCUAAACUGUGUUUACUGUGGGUAUUAUCCUUUCUAUUCAGAUGAUUUUCUAGAGUAACCACAGAACUGCACUACCACAUUACGCCACUCACACAUGAAUAAUAUCAGAAACAGAUAAUUUAGGUGAAAGUCACUUUUCAAUAAGGAGCAUUUCUAACCCUGUUACGCACAAUGUGCUGGACAUGUGUUCUCUAUGUUAAACUGCUGUACUAGCCUCAGCUCUCUCUGUCUCUGUAGCUGAGCGGCGUGUGCGUCCCAUCAUUCUGGUGAUUAAGAGGUGGGCCAGACAUCACGGGAUAAACGAUGCCAGCAAAGGAACACUCAGCAGCUACACUCUAGUACUGAUGGUACUACACUACCUUCAGAGUGAGUGAACGCACAAACACAUACAUACACACACACACACACACAGUGCUCAUGGUCCUGCACUAACUGCGAUAUACCUCUGACAUUCCUUUGUCCAUGGAAACCACUACACUGUUUAACCCAGUGUGCAUGUCUCUACAGCUCUGCCUGAACCAGUCAUUCCCUCUCUGCAGAAGGAAUAUCCGGUAAGGGAAUUAACAUUGACUCUUAACCCUAUCAGUCCCGAGACCCCAGCAAAAAUUCGCAUUUUCAUUAUUUGACUUUCAUUUAUCUGCAUGCCCUUAUAUUUAGCCUCACAAUUAAGUGUUUUACCAUUUUAUUUUCAGGACAACCAGGUCUACAAGUAGAACACACAACUAUUUGACAAACGGUUGCAUUCAUGAGAUUUUUUGACAAAUGUCAAUAUAAAUGAAUUUCUAUGAAUGCUGUAAGGACAGAUUGUUUGCUCAGUGGGAAAUGAAUAUCCAACUAGUCAGUGACAACUGUGUGGAGUCUGGUGUUCCUAGGAUGUUCUAUGAAGAAGAAACCCUUACUUUCUAAUGACUCUUUGUGUUGCUUGUGAGCGUAAUAGAGCCAAACGUGUAUUUGUGAGAGUCAGCUUUUCAUAGUUUGUAGCUCAAACCAUUACGUACUGUACAGACGUUUUUGUAAAAAGACCCGUCCCAGGUUCCCUAAGGGAUCUGCCCUUGUCUCACAAACACAGCUGUAGUUCAGCCCUCGUUAAUCACACAGAUUAAUGGUUGGUAGCAACGGAUGCAGAAGAAAUAGAAGUCAACACACACAAUGUUUAAAAGGGGUUAAAGUCCAAAACCCGCCGGCGUUGCAGUGAAUAGACAACAAAGGCUAUAUUAACUCCGAUGUACACACCAAUGGGUGUCAUAACCAGCCAUACAAUAACGCAAUAUGUCACAACAGGUGUAAAUAUAUGGGUCAUGACACGGUUAUGUCAGCUGUUAUGACAUUCUGACAUAUUAUUUUUGCCAAAUUCCAUUUUGUCUAUUUGUUUUUUCAGGUUUUGUAUUUCCCCCAGUUUUUUCAGGUUUUCACUCUCCAAAUCACACUAAAUCAAAUCAAAUUUUAUUGGUCACAUGCGCCGAAUACAACAGGUGCAGACAUUACAGUGAAAUGCUUACUUACAGCCCUUAACCAACAGUGCAUUUAUUUUAAACAAAAAAGUAAGAAUAAAACAACAACAAAAAAGUGUUGAGAAAAAAAGAGCAGAAGUAAAAUAAAGUGACAGUAGGGAGGCUAUAUAUACAGUAAAAUAAAGUGACAGUAGGGAGGCUAUAUAUACAGGGGGGUACCGUUGCAUUGUCAAUGUGCGGGGGCACCGGCUAGUUGAGGUAGUUGAGGUAAUAUGUACAUGUGGGUAGAGUUAAAGUGACUAUGCAUAAAUACUUAACAGAGUAGCAGCAGCGUAAAAAGGAUGGGGUGGGGGGGCAGUGCAAAUAGUCCGGGUAGCCAUGAUUAGCUGUUCAGGAGUCUUAUGGCUUGGGGGUAGAAGCUGUUGAGAAGUCUUUUGGACCUAGACUUGGCACUCCGGUACCGCUUGCCGUGCGGUAGCAGAGAGAACAGUCUAUGACUAGGGUGGCUGGAGUCUUUGACAAUUUUGAGGGCCUUCCUCUGAAUAGAAAAACAACUACAUUGGCUGUUCUAAAUCCACAACAAUGCUUAAACUACAUCAGGAGACUACUUUUGUGGUCUGGGAAAAAAAUCUAAUAAAGUAAGAGACGUGUUUGGCUAGCGAUGUUUCUGUACUACACGCGAUGCCCCCCCCCCGAUUGAUCAUCAUGAUAUCAUUCUGCCAGCUAGGCCUACUUUGCAGUCAACAUUUAAUUCGAAACGUUUUUGGAAAGCCUUUAGAAAUACGUUUUUCAGCAUGCCAUCUGGCUACAAAACACAAACGAGCGCAUUCCCAAUGCCGUGACUUCUUCGGAAAGUUGCAGGAAAUAUGAAUGACUGAUGCUUGCUCUAUGAAAAACUAGUGGAAUUUAACUACAUUCUAAUAAGUUCAAAACAUUUAAUAGAUUUUCUACUAAGUAAAAAAAAAAAAAGAUGUAUUGUUCAAUUCCGUUUUAUUGUCUGGAUUCCGCGAUUCCGUCCUGUGUUUUUUUGGGGGGCGGGGGGUUUGUUGCAAAACUUUUUGCUACGGUGCAAAACAAUUUCCAACGGUGUCGCUGAUGAAUACAUCCCUGCUGUUUCAGGAUUCUUUCCGUCCCUCCAUGGACAUCCACCUGGUGCCUGAAGGUCCUAGAGACAUCCCCCCCUACUCCUCGUCCAACCAGGCCUCCCUGGGAGAGCUGCUGCUGGGCUUCCUCAAGUACUACGCCUCUGUCUUUAGGUAAUACUGCUCAAAUAUUCCUGAAGUACUUUCUUCAGGUAUGAGCCUUCAAAUAAUCCUCAAACUCGUACUACAGCAAUGUCAUCA